AAAUGUUUUGGUUGCUAGGCAUAUUUUGCCUGUUUUUUGUUUGCGGAGUUUUCUGCGUGACACUUUCGCAUUUGAUUCGCAUUAGAGUGCGCCGCGGCCUGUGCACGCUUUUUUAAAUAAACACGGCGGCUCGUGCACAAUUUCCUCCCAUCUGCGUCGGGUUGACGCGUCUCAUCUCGGGUUGUUUGAACCAGUCAUGUGCUGGAGGCCGAGGCGAGGCGAGCAACUUUUCCGGUUUCUGUCCCUCCCUCUGCGCUGUCAGCAGCUCGCUCUGCGCUCUUCAAACUUGCAGUCGCGCUGAUCUCGACCGUCUGCGCCCAACUUUUGGAGCCUGCGGGGGGGGGGAAACGGCGUUGAGUCAUGUGUUAGAGCCCGUGGAGCUGCGGAGGAAACACUGCGUGGGCUUCGCCUCGACCUGAAGAGCUGCGGGGAGGAAAUGUCCAGCUGAGGGUUGGAAAUCCCGAAAAACCGCAGGGCCUGUUGUUGUAAUGAUUGAUCAGCGCUGCCAGAAUGGCGCUAAAGGCAAAGGUUUUAUAUGACUUCACCGCUGAGCCGGGAAACAACGAACUGUCCGUGACCGAAGGCGAAACGCUCACUGUCACCAAUCAGAACAUCGGAGGCGGCUGGAUCGAAGCGCAGAACUCCAAGGGCGAGCUUGGAUUGGUGCCAGAGGACUACAUCGAGUUUCCGCCGGCAGCAGGAGUCGCACCUGCACCCAGCGCGGGAAACCCAGACCUGUCCUUCUUUGACGCCUACGCUCCAGCGUCAGCGCCUGCACAAAACCAGGUGGAUGCUGGGGGCCCGAGUCCCCAGCCGGAAACCCCCGACACCCCCGUUGCCCCCUACCUAUCGUCCCCCGAUGAGGCUAGCAAUGGCAGCGAUCCCUGGUCGGUCUGGAACGCCAACGCCUCGGGGGGCUCCAACAACUGGCCGUCCAAUCCGGAGGGCACCCAAACCGGGAAGAGCGCUGCCGACCCCUGGGGCUCCGCGGCCCACGGCCACCCUCAGGCGUACCAGGGCCCAGGCUUCUGUCCGUAUCCAUACCUUAUUGAUUACACAGGAGCCGAAGACGACGAGUGGGACGAUGAGUGGGACGAUGUGAAGUCCAGCGGAGGCUACGCCGAGUCCGAAGGUGGAGAUGGUGGAGGGCUGCAGAGAGGAGGAGCGACGUCCAUGAAAAUCUCCCUCAACAAGUUCCCUGGUUUCUCCAAGUCUGGUCCAGAGCUCUACCUCCUAUGCAAACAGCUUGCAAAGGGCAAAGACAAACUAACUAUCUAUAUGGGAGAAGUGGGUCCAGUUUGGUCUUAUCCACAAAACCAGCUCGACUGUUUGGUGGCCGAUCCCAAGAAAGGCUCAAAGAUGUACGGCCUCAAGAGCUACAUCGAGUAUCAGAUCACACCUAAUACCACGAACCGACCCGUCAAUCACCGAUACAAGCAUUUUGAUUGGUUGUACGAGAGGCUCCUGGACAAAUUCGGCUCUGCGAUCCCUAUCCCGUCUUUGCCAGACAAGCAGGUGACGGGGCGUUUUGAGGAGGAGUUCAUUAAGAUGCGUAUGGAGCGGUUGCAGGGCUGGAUGUCCAGGAUGUGCAGGCACCCAGUGAUCUCCAACAGCGAAGUAUUCCAGCUUUUCCUCACCUACAAGGAUGAGAAGGACUGGAAGUUUGGCAAGAGAAAAGCAGAGAAGGACGAGACGGUGGGAGUCAUGAUCUUCACCACAAUAGAGCCGGAAGCUCCAGACCUGGACCUCAUAGAAGUGGAACAGAAAUGCGAGCAGUUCAACAGGUUUACCAAAUCCAUGGACGACAGCGUGAAGGAGAUUCUCACCGUGGGACACGAGCACUGGAAGAGAUGCACAGGCCCUUUGCCUAAAGAGUACCAGAGGAUUGGCAAAGCCUUUCAGAACCUCUCGUCUGUCUUCACCAGCAGCGGAUACCAAGGCGAGUCAACCCUGACCGAUGCUCUGACGGCUGCGGGGAAGACGUACGAGGAGAUCGCCCAGCUGGUUGCAGAGCAGCCCAAGAAGGAUCUUCACUUCCUGAUGGAGACUAACAAUGAGUACAAAGGUCUUCUUGGAUGCUUCCCAGACACAAUCGGCGUCCAUAAGGCGGCAAUAGACAAGGUGAAGGAGGCCGACAAGCUGGUGGCUGCCAGUAAAAUUACCCCUCAGGACAAAGUCACCAUGGCGAAGCGAGCGAGCACCAUGUCCUACACGUUACAAGCUGAGAUGAACCACUUCCAUAACAACCGUAUCUAUGACUACAACAGGGUCAUGCAGUUGUACCUGGAGGAACAAGCCAAGUUUUACGAGACGAUUGCUGCAAAGCUGAGACAAGCACACGGCGAGUUCACUACGAUGUAAAAGCCUUCGGCCUCGCACCACUUGAGAGAAGAUUCAAAGGUUCCCAAAUAUUUUCUUAUACUGCUUUUUUUUUUAUUUAAAUUUCACAUCUCUUUCUUUCACUCUGAACUCAUACUCAGCUGCUCGCGCCAGCAGUCCCAGCUCAUAAUGUUACUUCUGUGUCCUGGUCUCAGACGUUUAUGAGCAGCGACUCAAUAGGCCUGUUGUUGUUGUUUUAGUGGUGGGACACAUUAACGCUUGUAGUGUCUGCAGUGACACUGCGACAAGGCGCGUUUAGACCCACUUCAGCCUCCUCCAGGGUCACGAGAUCGUGAAACAGGAAGUCAAAGUCACAGUGCGCUGUCAAUUUGAAAGCAAGACACCAAUUUUUUUAAUUGGAUCCAAUUCUGUGGCAACAUGUCUGGUCUCCUAUUAUUUUAAUGCAUUUGUCCUAAGUAUCAAACUGAGUUAAAAAUGGUAAAUAAAGCAAAAUAGCUUUAAGCACAGUGUCAUAAUGAUGUAUUGGAACCUUAAACCAAAGUUGGGGACCAGAUUCGGUCCACUGUUAUGUUCUGUGCUUUUAUAAUCACUGUUCAGAUGGUCCCUUGUUGCUGGUUCGAGCCGUGAGGUGUAGUGUCGCGUUUGUCCACUGCUGGCGGUGCUCGGCCCCUUUUUAUCAUCCUAAGCUUCCUCAACAGCUAAAGGAGGCGCCACCUUUUCCUCUCUCAACCACAGGCCACCGUGUCCAUUCGGAGGAAGAAGUACGGCUGAACUCCGGUUCAGUCGCCCCCGUUCGUGUGAUACAUCAGUUUACAUUUCAGGAGGAAAGGCAGAAAUGGGGCUUAACUGACACUCAGGUUGUUCAUCAUUUCAGUCUGUCGCCCAGUUGAGGAAAAUUUUGCCUCUGAUCAGAUUUCAUUGUUCUAUGAAUGUAACGGCGUUACUGUAAGAAUCUGUAGAUCAGCUCGGGACACAGCUGUGGUUAUGUAAUAUACUGUAUGCAGAUUUUCUUCUCAGCUUUUCACCACCCAGGUUUCGAUCUUUCUCUAAUCUUCACUCUUUAUUUUUGUUAUCACUUGAUACAUGAAGAAUAUACACACAUAAAUAUAUAUAUAUAUAUAUUCUAUUAAAACUAUCAGGUGCUUCUUGUUAUUGAGAUAUUAUUUUAUGUAUAGAUAUAUUUGCGAUACUGUGUAACUCAAAAUUCAGUUUGAUUAAUUAAACAAUGAUUUGUACUGAU